AUGCAGAGCUUACAUCGUCGGACGCUGUAUUCCGCUUCAAAUCGACGUCUACGGACCCAGAUUGCCGUUAUUCUCCUUGCUGGAGCACUAUUCUUCCUUAUUGUUCUACUUCCCUUUAUCAAAACUGAUAUUCCUAACGAUAUCUUGUCAGUGGAUGAAAAUGGAAGGUUGCGAAGAACACGACGAUCCGUGGAGUACGAAUUUGACGAUUGUCGGCCAAGAAUUCAAACGACUUCAAAUGGAAAUUCAUCUCAAUUUCCCGCCGACUUCUUCUCUCUUGAAACUCGUCGUCGCGGAGGCGUUAUCGUUCACAUCGCCCUUCUGAUCUACAUGUUCGUGGCGCUUGCCGUUGUUUGUGACGAAUUUUUCGUACCAUCCUUGUCAGUUAUUACUGAAGUGCUCUCGAUAUCAGAUGACGUGGCUGGCGCAACAUUCAUGGCUGCCGGUGGGUCGGCUCCAGAAUUUUUCACUUCACUCUUUGGAGUUUUCGUUGCGCAGGAUAAUGUGGGGGUUGGAACUAUUGUAGGAUCUGCCACAUUCAACAUCUUAUGUGUUCUCGCUUUCUGUACACUUUUCUCUCGUCAAGUUUUGCAUCUCACCUGGUGGCCUUUAUUCCGUGACAUGUCUUUUUAUACACUGUCCCUUUUUCUUCUUUUGAUAUUUUUUGGAGACGAAGUCAUCAAGUGGCAUGAGGCUUUAAUAAUGUUCUCCAUUUACAUUGCAUAUGGGUUCUUCAUGAAAUUCAAUGGGUUCCUGGAGUUGAAAACUAAGCAAUUCUUGUUUCGUAAAGUAGGAAUCGGGAGUGAAGUUGUCCCAACAACUUCUGUAGAAGCGGCAGCUGGAUGCACACCCCGAAGUCCCCAUUCUCUGGGAGCACAAGGACCUCGAAGAAGUUUUCCCAUGAUUCACGGAGGACAGGAAGUCAGAAAAAGUAUUGCUCAAUUGGUAAUUGGGGAUGAGGACGAUACUACUUCGUCUUCUUCGUCGUCAGAAUCGGAGAGAUCUAUCAAACUGAAGCCAGUUGCCAAUGGUGUUCCAGAGAUUCGGCAAAACGGGAGAACUAUCAUGGUGAAGCCAGCUAAUGACCCGGACUCGGCUUUCAAUAAUCAGAAUAGCAUCACAACUAGUGUUCCUCCAAUCGACUUUGGUGAGAGCCAUAUUAUUGUCAUCAAUAAUAACAACAACAAUAAACGCAAAAAUGGAAACAAUGGAACUACUCAUUUGACUCCAGUUGAAACAGUUAAUCCAUCGUCAAACGGACAUCUUGAAGUUUUUCAGCCAAACGGAAACCCUGUUCCACCAAUUGCACUGGAUAAUCUUUCCGUGGCUUCUUCGACAGCUGAAAAACCAUUGGAUCUUUCUUGGCCAGAAGCCAAUCAUAAAAAAAUCAUUUACUUGUUCCUGGCCCCUAUCACUUUUCCACUGGCUUAUACUCUUCCUGAUGUUCGAAAACCGAAGCUUCGUAAAUUCUUCGCCAUCACAUUUAUUGGAGCGAUUCUCUGGAUUGCUGCCUACUCGUAUUUGAUGGUUUGGUGGGCCAAUACGAUUGGAGAAACAUUCGGAAUUCCAACCGAGAUUAUGGGAUUGACUAUUUUGGCAGCUGGUACCAGUAUCCCCGAUCUGAUCACGAGUGUCAUUGUCGCUAGAAAAGGGCUAGGCGACAUGGCUGUAUCCUCUUCAAUCGGUUCUAAUCUCUUCGAUGUUUGUGUUGGUCUACCGAUUCCUUGGCUUAUCCAUUUUCUGAUUGGAGUUUUCAAAUCAGAGCCAACUCAAAAUAUUUCCGUGACUUCAAAUGGUCUCGUCUGCUCUCUCGGAUUACUAUUCGCAAUGCUGAUUGUAUUACUGACUUGUGUCGCUAUUUCCAGAUGGAAAAUGGAUAAAUUCUUUGGGCUGUUAAUGAUUUUCUCGUACUGUGGUUUCUGUAUGCUCUGUAUUCUUCUUGAAACUGGACAUUUGAAAUGUCCCCUUAGAAACAGUUGUUAA